CUCUCUCCUCAAUCUCUCUCUCCUUUUGAUCACUUCGGUCCCUUGCUCCACUCCCUCUCCCUUACUCCUACACUGCUCUGUCACUCACUCACACACUCAUACCAGCUCUCCCUGGGCACCAUCUCCACCAUCGGAGAUCCUCUGUAGUGUGUCUGCGUUUUGCCAGGUGGACGCACGCCCCACAGUCACCAUUUCCACCCCGGAGAGUUCCACGGUGGCUGCGCAGCCCCUUCCCCGGCUGAGCAUCGGGCGGAAGACCCUGGUGGCAGCUGCUGUGGGGGUCAUGCUGGUCCUUGUUCUGGUGGUCCUCAUCCCUGUGCUGGUCAGCUCAGUUGGCACAGGCGGCAUAGAUGACAGUGCGAGCCACUUCGAGAUGCUGGGUACCUGCCGCAUGGUUUGUGACCCCUUUGCCAGCACGGGCACGGCUGGCACAGGUGUGCACACAGGAACAGAUACAGCAACCACAGGCCUACAGGUGGACAACGACGCGGAUCUGGGUGAUCACAGCAUUGGCCCACCGCUGCCUACUUACAGUGCUCAUGGCCCACAAGGCAAACCAGGACGUCCGGGCAAGCCUGGACCCCCAGGACCACCUGGAGAGCCAGGCCCACCAGGACCCAAGGGACCACCGGGAGAUGGUGUGGACAUUGUACGGACGGGGAUUUUAGGUUUAGGGGGUAAAGGGGCGGUUAGCACAACUACCUACAACACCACACCCAGGGUGGCAUUUUAUGCAGGACUUCGAAACCCUCAAGAAGGUUAUGAUAUUCUGCGAUUUGAUGAUGUGGUGACUAAUAUUGGUGGUAACUAUGAGGGCGCAACGGGCAAGUUCACCUGUAAGAUUCCUGGCACCUACUUUUUCAUCUACAAUGUGCUGAUGAGGGGAGGAGAUGGCACCAGCAUGUGGGCUGACCUGAUCAAGAAUGGUCUGGUCAGGGCGAGCGCCAUUGCCCAAGAUCAGGACCAGAGUUAUGACUACGCCAGCAACAGUGUCAUCCUUCACUUGGAUGCAGGCGAUGAAGUUUUCAUAAAAUUGGAUGGGGGCAAGGCUCACGGGGGCAACAGCAACAAAUACAGCACCUUCUCAGGGUUCAUCCUCUACGCCGACUGAGGACUGCGCAGGACAUGGGCUCAGAGGUGAAAGGUCGCGGCAAGAAGACUGACUGACUUUCACUUGGCUCUCGCACUAAGGUUAAUGUUGCCCAUAGCCACUGAUCCGCAGUCAGAUUGUUUUAACAGAUGCGUGAGAUUAACAUUGAUACAGCGACUGAGGCUGUGAAUCUGUGGUUAUGGGUAACUGUCUACCUCCUCAUCCAUAUGUACCAUCCAUUGUAUACAGGGUGCCUAUGGCGCUAUUUUGAUGGACGCGAGUGACGUAACAGUGACAGUCACUGCCAUGUGUCAUGCUGAGGUGCAGUAACAAUUCUGACAGUGCAGGAGCCUCGCCAUCAUUUUUGAGCUGUCAUUUCAAAUUCGAGUCUGGAAAUGUGGCGACCGCGGUGUUUGUAAAUGUGCUGUUUAGAUCUCUGUUUUCUCAUGCUGUUUGUAUGUUAAGAUGUUGUACUUCGACGACUGAGGAGAUAUAUUCUGUCCCAAGAAAAUUUAUAUGCAUUUGUCAAAAUAUUGGAUGCCAAAGUCAGAUUAUGCUUGUGUUGAAUGGCAGUGUCACAAAAUGUAUUGUGUCUUGGUGUGAUGAACAUGUCAUAUCAGCUCAUUAUAUUUGGCAUAUUGUUAGUGUAUAUAAGAAUCUUGAUGUCUGAACACAGUCAAAGUAGUGUCCAUACACCAUAUUGUGUGUCUAUUAAAGAAUAUAGCUAUUGAUAGAUUGUACAAUUAUAUCAUGUAAUGGUUAAUGUGCUCACUUGUUAAAGGUUUAUUUAUUUAACUCAUGCAUGCAACAAGUGUGUGCGAAAUGUUCUGUAUGUUUCCACCAAUGAUAAAGAGAAAUACAGUGAUUUUAAACAGCUAGACGUGGCUAGCUGUUGCUUUUGCUUUUAAUAUCCAUGAUUUUUCAU